UGUCUGCAGGUUGAAACUGAUCUCCUGGUGGAUGGAUUCUAAUCAAUCAUUGCAAUUACUGCCGUGUGUCAGAUGUUGGUGGGAUUGUGUACCAUGCCAAUGACGUAAACUUAAGAGGUUGCUCCUGAUGCAAUUGCGAUUAGCACUAUUAAGUUACCGUGUCGUUGUGAGUUGUACAAAUGGAGGAUGUGGCACUUUUCAUCAAUUGUUUUGCUACAAGUCACAGGCUUCAUGUAUUUAAAAAGCUAAUUGUUAUUUGGAAAAAGGGAAAAUAAAUGCUAUCGUUUUAAGGAGAUUAUGCUGUCUGUUCUUCAUUUCAUCUAAUGCAAAAUUUGGGCUGGAGCCAGUACAAGGCAGUGAUGUAUCAGAAAUCUGCGUUCACAGAGAGAAGGCUCAUUAUUGCACCACACUAAUCGUGUUUACUUGGAGGUGGCCACAGCGUAAUGCAUGCCGCUCGUGCAUCAGGUUAAUCGGGCAACGGAUUUAAUGCUGUAGACCACAGAAUCAUAAUGGAUGACAGCAUGUCGGCUGCUAGCAGCAUGGAUGUUGACGACCGCAUCUCUUACCUCGAGCAGCGGAUGCAGCUGCAGGACGAUGAGAUCCAGGUUCUGAAGGCCGCGCUGGCAGAUGUUGUCCGGCGGCUGACGUUCGCCGAGGAGCAGCACACCCUGCUGAGUAAACGGGGGCCCGCCAGAGCUCGUCUCUUCAUGCACGCUUUGCCCUCUAAGCCCAGCUUGAGUAAUGGGACUGCAACACCUCCAAAAAGAAGCAAUGCCAUACCUCAGUCACCAUCCUCCCCCAGGAAGGAGGCAUCUUCUAAAAGUAAACCGAAGGAAUCCAUCUUCAGUGCAGAAGAGGGCUAUGUGAAGAUGUUCCUGCGUGGGCGCCCCAUCACGUUGCACAUGCCCCAGGCAUUGAUUGGAUCUUACAAGCUCCAGGCCACAACUGAAUUACCAGCCCAUAAGCUGAAGAUGGAGUGGGUGUACGGUUAUCGUGGUCGUGAUUGCCGCUCCAACCUCUAUCUCCUGCCGACAGGAGAGAUUGUUUACUUCAUCGCCUCGGCCGUUGUGUUGUAUAACGUUGAGGAGCAGUUACAGCGUCACUACCUUGGGCACAAUGACGACGUGAAAUGCCUUGCAGUGCACCCUGAUAGAGUCACCAUGGCAACGGGGCAGGUGACAGGAACCACAAAAGAUGGAAAGCAACUUCCACCUCACGUUCGUGUCUGGGACUCUGUAAGCCUUAACACACUGCAUGUGAUUGGAACAGGGUUCUUCGAUCGAGGCAUUUCCUGUGUAUCCUUCUCCAAGUCUAAUGGAGGAGCUCACCUGUGUGCAGUGGACGAUUCCAAUGAACACGUCCUAUCUGUGUGGGACUGGCAGAAAGAGGCAAAGCUGGCUGAAGUGAAGUGUUCCAACGAAUCCGUGCUGGCAGCGAGCUUCCACCCAACUGAAGCCAAUCUCAUUAUUACUUGUGGAAAAUCCCAUAUUUUCUUUUGGACAAUGGAAGGCAACACUCUGUCCAAGAAGCAGGGCAUUUAUGAGAAACAAGAAAAACCCAAGUACGUUCUGUGUUUGGCUUUCUCUGAGAAUGGGGAUGUGAUCACAGGAGACUCCAGCGGAAACCUGGUCAUCUGGGGUAAAGGAACAAACCGGAUCAGCUCUGCAGUUCAGGGGGCUCAUGAAGGAGGUAUAUUCAGCCUCUGUGUGUUAAAUGAUGGAACCCUGGUGUCGGGUGGAGGGAAAGAUCGUAAGGUCAUCCUCUGGGACAGGCAGUACCACAAGGUUCAGGAGACAGAGAUCCCAGAAGCCUUUGGACCAGUCCGAACGAUUGCAGAAGGGAAAAAUGAUGGCUUAUUUAUUGGAACAACAAGGAACUGUAUUCUCCAAGGCACUUUGAGUGGGGGAUACUGCCCCAUUGUACAGGGUCAUACAGACGAGCUCUGGGGACUCGCAGCUCACCCAAGCGAGGGCAAAUUUGUGACAUGCGGACAGGACAAGCUUAUUCACUGUUGGGAUCCCACAUCGCACCAGCCCAUUUGGAGCAAGACUCUUGAGGAUCAGUGCCAGUCAGUUGGGAUUCAUCCCAGUGGAUCAGUUAUAGCUGUGGGAACACAAACGGCAAGAUGGAUGGUUUUCGAUGUUGAGACGAGGGAUCUUAUCACUGUGCACACCGAUGGAAAUGAGAAGCUCUCAGUCAUGCGCUAUUCACCAGAUGGUAAUUUCCUGGCCAUCGGGUCACAUGACAACUACGUUUACAUUUACAGCGUGGCAGAAAAUGGCAGGAAGUACAGUCGUGUGGGCAGAUGCUCAGGGCACUCGAGUUUUAUAACUCAUCUGGAUUGGUCCACAGACAGCCGCUAUAUAGUUACUAACUCUGGAGACUAUGAAGUCCUCUACUGGACUCCAAACUGCAAACAGGUGCCAAGUGCAGAUGUAGUGCGGGAUUUGGAGUGGGCCUCCUCUACCUGUGUGCUCUCAUUCCAGGUGUUUGGCAUUUGGCCGGAGGGAGCUGAUGGGACGGACAUAAACGCCGUCUGUAGGUCCACUGACGACCAACUCCUUGCUACAGCUGAUGAUUUUGGAAAAGUUAACUUAUUUUCAUAUCCCUGCUCACAACCUCGGGCACCAAGUCACAAGUAUAGUGGCCACAGCAGUCACGUGACCAACGUUGCCUUUCUCCAUGACAACACCCGUCUGAUCUCCAUUGGCGGGAAGGACACCAGUGUCAUUCAGUGGAGCGUUGUCUAGGUUUCAGCACUUUAUCCAGAGAUGCAUUCCAGCUGUGUGGGUUGGGAGAUGCUAGGGCACUUUCAACAUGGCUCCUUUCCUGGGUGCCCCAUCAGUCACCAUUCUGCUAAAUCUUUUCUUUUUAUUGGGAGGAUGUGGGGCUGCUGUUGCCUCACAUUUAUUGUCAACAUCUGCACUGAGCUUUUCCGGAUGCUUCGCUCUUUGGAAGAGUUUAUUUUUAAUAACUAAACUUGAGGACAAUCCCAAUGCUCCAUAUAAUCCACCCUAGAACUCCCUCGAGCUGUGCUGUUUGCCUCUGCCUCUGCCGCAGUUCCCUUUUACUGGAAUCGUGCAUGUGUUACAGAAGUCCAGGAUAUCAUAGCGUGUGUGGGAAUCAACUCCCAUGUUAAUCAACAAGUUCACUCUGGAAUCCUAUAAGGAGUUUCUCCAGACUGGGGAAAAUUGCAAGGAAGCAGGGAAGAAGGGAAAGGAAAAGACCUGUCUCACUAUCCAACAUCCUCUUGAUAUUUCUUCCAAUAGACUGUCUGUUUUGAGCAACACACACACACAGUGCUGGAGGAACUCAGCAGAUCAGGCAGCAUCUAUGGAGGGAAAUAAACAGUCGACGUUUCGGGUCGGGACCCUUCAUCAGGACCCGAAACGUCGACUGUUCGUUUCCCUCCACAGAUGCUGCCUGACCUGCUGAGUUCCUCCAGCAUUUUGUGUGUGUUGCUCCAGAUUCCAGCAUCUGCAGAAUCUCUUGUGUUUCCGUCUAGCUGUUUUGAACGGAGUAUUUUAAAAAUCUUGCACUACAUGAAGGCCUCCCAACUGGAUUUUUUGAAGGAGACAGCAUAUGCUCUGCCAUCUCAUUCCCUUUUGUUCCCCUUUAUCUCCAGAUUAGGAUCCUCCUGUGCACCACCACACAAAUGGUGCAACACGGGGAGAACCAAAUUGCUCUGACCAUUUAUCUUCCCUGACCUAUUAACCUGCACUGAGGACGUCACGAUCUCCAAUGACACUCGUCGUGUUGUUUGACUGGCUGGGGAUUUUAACUAAAGAACUUGUGGUUUCUGGGAAUCUUUCCAGACAGUCCCUGUGUUAGAAUCACUAAAGGGCCAGAAAGAAAAUGUACAUGUUGAAUCAAAAGCAUUAUUUUUUUUGGCUUAAGUUACAGUCAAAACUUUUCUGAAGAUAAAAUCAUCAAGACUGCCAGCUACAUCUUUGAUUCAUAUUUUGCGUGAUUUAAAAGCUAAUUGGACAUUUUACUCUGUCCCCAUAAAAUGACAAGUCCAAAGCAUCACAUUUAAUGAUCAUAAAUGGAGGUUUUAGAGGAGGGGUUUGGCUGUAAGGAAGGCCUUAUUUUUUUUUAGGUGGAAGUUAUUUUGGGUUCCUGGUUUAUGCCUGGAGCAUUGUGUAACUUUUAGAUUCUGUCAGAUGGAUGGUGACCAUAUACUUUACAGUCUUUAUCCUUGUAGGAGGAGGUCCUGGCUCAUGGGGCAAAUUUCCUUUCUGAGGUCUGUUUUUAAUCAGUUUACUUUUUUGUAUCCUAAAUCUCUGGGCAUUCCAUUUAACCGAGGUUGUGACCUUGGACCUUCAAUCCCAGGACUGCAAAUUGCAAAAAUUGGAUUGGAUCAGACUGGUGCUCUGUGGGCAAACAUUAUCUGCCAUGCAGAGUGAGGGGCUAUUGAGAGAGGGAAUAUGUCACCCCUACCUUUCUGGACUUGAAUUGCAAACCAUUCAGAUGAUUUCUUAAAACACUUUAAAACGAGCUUGUAAGAACUCCACGCAACAAGAGGUGGGCGGUUAACUUGUCCAUGCCUAUAUCAUCCUUGUUCUGAAAGGAAACUUUCUUUAAAAAAACAAUUCAGGUAGAAAAUUGAGGCCAGCAAGUUAAAUUGAAUACCUGGUGGCAGAGGCAAACCACAGAGGAGGGAAGUUGUUAAUCCCACCUCUCAGCCAAUCAUAAUCUUCCUGCAAUUUCCUACACUUUGGGUGCUCAACAGCAAGUGUAUACAACUUCCAAAACCCAAAGAAGUGUUUGAAAGUGUCACAGCCAGCUGACACAAUGACCUAUAACAGGGAAUGGUAUUUUAAUUUAAUUUCCUAAUUCUCAGAAGAAGGUUGUGAGAAGGGGGAGUUUUCAUUCUCACAAUUCUAACUUCUAAAAAUGAAGCUUAUGGUGUAGGAGGAGGUGAUGUCAGUGCUGAGACUGCAUUACAAAGCCAAUCCCAAUGCCCUGCUUUCUCCUUGCACCCUUAUAACUUUCUUUGCUUCAGGAAGCCAAUCGAUUCUCCCCGAAAAGUAAGAGUGCAUCACAAUCCCUGGCGAGCAGGCUGUGUUGUAGUAGCCAUUCCCAAAUCUUCCCAAUCUUGAUCCCCAGCUGAAAUUUCAACUUGGAGAGCCCCAAGUAGUUCAAGCACCCUUGUUAAUCUUCCACAUAACUUUUGUUUUACAUAAAGCAAAGAUUUAAGAAAUAUAUUUCUUGAUUGCUGAACAUGCAGAAGUUUACUUGAUUCAUUCAGAAGAUCUAGAUGUGUGUAUUUUCUCAGGUGGACAGGAUGAGAUUUAUAAGAUAAUUAUUUUGUGUAACAUUAAGAAUGAAUAUUAAUAUGAAACACCUUCAUCUGCUACUUCAGAGAGUUAAUUUAAUGCAUCUGCUAACAGAUAAAGGACUUUCAUACGAUCACGCUCCUUGCAUUACAGAAACAUAGACAAUAGGAGCAGUGGCAGACCAUAAAGCCUUUUGAGCCUGCUCCAGUAGUCAAUCUGAUCAUCCAAAUUCAGAGCCCUUUUUGCAGCUUUCUCCCAUUAUCCCUUGAUCUCUUUAGCCCUAAGAGCAAAAUCUAACUCCUUCUUCAAUAUAUUUAAUGAUUGCCUUCAACUGCUUUCUGCGGUAGAGAAGUUAUCACUCUCUGGGAGAAGUAAUUUCUCCCAACCUUGGUCUUAAAUUGCUUAUCCCUUAUCCUUGGACUGUGAGCCUUGCUCCUGGAUUCCCUGACCAUUGAGAACAUCCUUCCUGCAUCUGAUCUGUCCAGUCCUGUUAGACUUUUGUACAUUACCACGAGUUCCCCUCUCAUUCUUCCUGUGACAGAGAUGACGCAAUCUCUCUUCAGAUGUAACUUCUGCCAUCCCAGGGAUUGGUUUGAAUCAGUUAGGAGUUGGAGGAAGAAUGGGUGUGAUCUUUAAGCCAAAAUACACUGGCACAAUUGGGGCAAAUAUCCUCUUUGCAUCUUGCCUGAAUACCCUUUCCACAGAACUAUGUUUACCACCAAAAAUCUUAGGUUAAAACAAACCUCAUUGACUCUUGUCUAUGCAAGUUUUGUAGCAGUUAAACACUGCAAGAAAAUGACUUCCCUUCUCCUAUCCCUCUGCAUGCUGCCUCACACUACCUCAAACUGGAGUGCAAGCUGCAAGCAGUUUGUGGGCCAGCAAUCUAUUUUGGGAUGGUUUGACAUUUGAAAUACAUGCAAGGCGUGCUCACUUGCUGGUAAACCUCCCCUGAACUUGGAGAUAGUGGGUGGAGAUAGGUUGCUAGGUAGGGGAUCUGAAGAAGGCUGGUGGUGGUAUGGGUGGAUUGACACAUUUAGUGAUGCAUCGAAGUCUACUGGAACAGAGGACCUUUGAUUCCAGAAGGAAUUUCCACAUUUCCUUGACUUCAAGAAUCUCAGGAUGUUCCGAAGUGCUUUACAGCUUUAUGAUGUGUACUCAGUGUCAUUCAGUGUGGAAAAUGAGUCCAUGCUGACCAUCAGUCAUCUACGGUAAUCCCAUUUACCGCUUAACCACAUUCCCAUCAGCCCCUCUAGAUUCUACCACUCACCUACACACUAGGGGCAUUCUACAGAGGCCAAUCAAUAAACUACCAAUCCACAUGUCUUUGGGAUGUGGGAGGAAACCAGAACACCCAGGGGAAACCCAUGUGGUCACAGGGAGAAUGUGCAAACUCCAUCCAGACAGCACCGGAGGUCAGGAUUGAACCCGGGUCGCUGGAGCUGUGAGGCAGCGGCUCUGCCCGUUGUGCCACUGUGCCGCCCCCAAUAGGCAACACGGCAGCUAACGGCCACAGAACAAGCUUUCACAAACUGACCAGGACUCUUUUUCUGAUUGCUGGCUGAGGGAUAAACAUUAGCCAGGGAUAGCUCCCUCUUCUUAAACAGGUGCACCAGAGAGGUCAGAUGAAGCCUCUGUUUAAGAUCUCAAGUGCCUUAGGGUAACUCCUGACAGUGGUUUGAUGGUUUUUAGAAUCACCAGCUUUUGGCAGGGUGGGCCAGAAAAUGGUUUCUAUAGGAUAGGGUGAUUGAUUACCCUUCUGUUUGGUAAGUACAAUUAUUAUGAAAUUAUGAUUUCACCAGAUAAGUUGCAAUCUUGCUAAGCAUCACAACCAGGCACAACCUUGCCUUUAUUCUUCACUUCAUGGAGAGAAAUAUUUUAACUUAAUUAUUAACUCAAAUUCCAAUGAAAUGUAUAAUUGAAGUAGCUCUAGACUGAAAAUAAUGUGUAGCUUUCUGAUGGUGCAUUGGGUCGUGGAACUGCCUCGCAGUUCCAGGGACCCGGGUUCAAUCCUGACCUCUGGCACUGUCUGUGUGGAGUUUGCACGUCCUCCUUGUGACUGUAUGGGUUUCCCCAGGGUGCUCUGUUUUUCCACCACCCCCCCCCCCCCCCCCCCCCCC